CAAAGUGGGUACCAAAUGGAUCAGAUCAUCAAAGACAAUAACUUGUGCAGAGGACAAAGGUUGAAAAGCAAAGUUGCAAUAAUAACAGGUGGAGCUAGAGGAAUUGGAGCGGCCACAGCCAAGUUAUUUGCCCUGAAUGGAGCCGAAGUGAUCAUCGCGGAUAUCCUUGACGACUUAGGCCCUGAUCUUGCUGCUUCAAUAGGGGGCUGCUAUAUUCACUGUGACGUUACUAAAGAAUCCGACGUAGAAUCAGCUGUAAACUUGGCGCUAACUAGGAAAGGCCGGUUAGACAUCAUGUUCAACAAUGCUGGUGUAUCUGGGGCUAACGGAAGCAUCACAACUGCUGAUAUGGACGCAAUCAAAGACAUAAUGGCUGUUAACAUAUGUGGUAUAAUUCACGGUAUCAAACAUGCAGCUAAAGCUAUGAUCAAAUGCGGCAAAGGAGGCUCUAUCAUUUGCACGUCCAGCUCAGCCGCGAUUAUGGGAGGGUUAGCAUCCCAUGGGUACACAUUGACCAAGGAAGCAAUGCUAGGAUUAGCCAGGAGCACAGCAUGUGAACUUGGAGUUCAUGGAAUUCGCGUCAACUGCAUUUCUCCCCACGGAGUACCAUCCGAGAUGUUAGUUAGUGGAUACAGGAAAAUCCUAAGAAACGCUAAAAUUGGUCUUAAGGAUGUCGAUAAGAUCAUUUCUGAAUCUGGCAGUUUAUUGCCAGGGAGGAGCGGCACCAUGGAAGAUAUUGCUCAAGCAGCAAUCUUUCUAGCAAGUGAUGAUGCUGGUUAUAUUACUGGGCAUAACCUUGUUGUAGAUGGUGGAUUCACUUCCGCAUAUAGUACCUUAAGCUUCAUUUACCAGUAA